GAAAAGAAAGGAAGGAGGAGAAGGAAGAAAGAAAGAAAAGAGCUUCGAAGAGGCCUGGAAGACAGGAUCUUAUACUGGAAAGCGUGCUGGACUAAGUUCAGGGAGAGCUACUAGAUUCCUGUUCCUGCUCUUCCUCUAAGUCUCUUUGUCGCCUUGGGGAGAGGAUGUUUCUCUUCCCUAGUGUUCUUAUGGAUUCUGGCUGGAAUAGCCAUCCUACUUCUCAGUGCCUGUUUUAUCACCAGAUGUGUUGGUGGGUUCUGAAGAUCAAAUUCAAUCUGAAUCUCCCUGUGACACACCACAUCUUUCAACUGUGUGAUAAAGAAAAGUUCCAGCCAGAGGAGAAUUUAAUGUCACUCUCCUGUUGCAAUAAUGGAUCAGGUUCAGUCCAGAAUUGUCCGUUGAAGUGGGAACAUUUUCAAUCUAGCUGCUACUUCUUUUCUACUGACACCUUGACCUGGACAUCAAGUGUAAAAAACUGCUCAGGCAUGGGAGGUCAUCUGGUGGUUAUCAACACUGAGGAGGAGCAGAAAUUCCUUUUCCGUAAGAAACCUAGAGAGAGAGAGUUCUACAUUGGACUGACGGACCAGGUGAAGGAGGGUCAGUGGCAAUGGGUGGAUGGCACACCUUUCAAAGAGUCUCUGAGCUUCUGGGAUGCAGGGGAGCCCAACAACUUAGCUACUGUGGAAGACUGUGCCACCAUAAGGGACUCUUCAAAUCCAAAGCAAAACUGGAAUGAUGUCACCUGUCUCUUCUAUUUAUUUCGGAUUUGUGAAAUGCCAGCAAGAAACGUUUUGAAUAAGGAAAAAUCUCUAAAAAGAGAAAGCCCAACUUAAAUGUAUAAAGGAGUAGAGACAGCUUCAAAAUGGACACGUGUACCACACUAAUCAAUGUAUAUCUGCUCCCCACUUUGUAAGAUACACCCCACCCCAUGUAAAAUGAUACUUAACGUUGGUCAGUUAGAACAGUUCCUCACUUUCUUUUACAUUCGCCCUGGAUAAGUUCCCAUUUCAACUCCCUCAGCAGAGCUCUCUUCUAUUCUCUGAAUGGGAUGCUGCCUGAUUUGUGACUCAUUCAAUAAAUCUGUGAGAUCCUAAA